CUUUCGCAAAGGAAGAUUGCUCCUCUGCAGCCGCCGUAGUCGAGCCGGAAAUGUCAUUUGGCCACGUUUCCAGCUACACGGGGCUGAAGGGAGAGAGCCGCUAUGGCUGACGGCGCGAGCCUGGAGGCCCGGCUGUGCUCGGAGCAGUACGGCUCCGGGGCCGCCCGGGGCUGCUGCGCCGCUGUCGACGGGAGCCUGCAGUGGGAGGCCUGGGGGUGGCGUUGGUGGGGCUUCUCUGGGGCUUUCACAGCAAAACCCGAAGGACCAGAUGGGGGCGGAGAGGGGGCUCCCGCGACCGCCUCAGCACCUCUCUCCCGGCUCCUGGCCUUGUUCCUGCCACAGGGCUUCCCCGAUAGCGUCAGCCCGGACUAUCUGCCCUAUCAGCUAUGGGAUUCUGUGCAGGCCUUUGCUUCCAGCCUCUCGGGCUCCCUGGCCACCCACGCAGUCUUGCUAGGCUUAGGGGUAGGAGACGCAAAAGCCUCUGUUUCAGCUGCCACGGCCACCUGGCUCGUGAAAGAUUCAACCGGCAUGCUGGGCCGCAUCAUCUUUGCCUGGUGGAAGGGGAGCAAACUGGACUGUAAUGCCAAGCACUGGAGGCUUUUUGCUGACAUCCUCAAUGAUGUAGCCAUGUUCCUUGAGAUUAUGGCUCCUGUAUACCCAAUCUGUUUCACCAUGAUCGUCUGCAUCAGCAACCUGGCCAAGUGCAUUGUAAGCGUGGCUGGUGGUGCCACUCGGGCUGCACUGACCAUGCACCAGGCCCGGAGAAACAACAUGGCUGAUGUGUCAGCCAAGGAUAGCAGUCAGGAGACGCUGGUAAACCUGGCAGGGCUCCUGGUCAGCCUCUUGAUGCUUCCCCUGGUGUCAGGUUGCCCUAGCUUCAGCCUUGGUUGUUUCUUCCUCUUCACUGCCCUCCACAUCUAUGCCAACUACCGGGCAGUCCGAGCCCUUGUCAUAGAGACCUUGAACGAAGGCCGGCUCUGGCUGGUCCUGAAGCACUUCCUUCAGAGAGGAGAGGUUCUUGGCCCCACUUCAGCCAAUAGGAUGGAGCCACUGUGGACAGGUUUCUGGCCAUCUGUGUCUCUAUCCCUGGGGGUCCCCCUACACUGCUUGAUCUCCAGUGUCUCUGAGCUGCAGCAGCUGGUUGAGGGGCACCAAGAACCCUACCUCCUUCGCUGGAACCAGUCACAAAACCAGGUACAGGUAGUUCUGAGCCAAAUGGCAGGCCCUGAGACCGUCCUGAGGGCCGCCACACACGGGCUGGUGCUUGGAGCCCUGCGGAGAGAUGGGCCCCUCCCAAGAGAGCUGGAGGAACUGAGGAACCAAGUACAGGCAGGUCUCGCGAAAGAGAGUUGGGUCAUCGUCAGGGAGACGCACCAUGUGUUGGACAAGCUGUUCCCAAAGUUCUUGAAAGGGUCAGCCCAGAGUCUCCUCCCCCAGGGUCCUGGCAGCACUCCCAUAACCUCUCCCCAGGACUGCAGGAUGCCGGUUGGAAGACUGAGAAGCACCAGCUAGAGGUGGAUGAGUGGAGGGCCACAUGGCUCCUGUCUCCAGAGAAGAAAUUCUUGUGAGCAGCCCAGACAGAGGUCCAGGUCCCAGGACAGGAGCCUGGAGCAAUGACACUUUGGCCAUAGCGGAAUGUGGGAAAAGCAGCUUUAUUUUUGCUUAGGGGAACUGCUUGGCAGGUUGGCCAAGACCUCACAGGAAGUGACUGCCAGUCCGAUGGAGUGGACCCCAGGCAGAGACAAGGUGGAGAGAAGGGAAACCAGGGCCUUCCUACUCCCCCUCCUGCCCCACUCCCCUCUCACCACUGCAGGCUCCCCACCCCCACUCAUUGUAAGGCUGAGCCCUGUCCUGGCUGUGUGGCUCAUGGUGUCCA